AUGUACCAGCAGGGUAUUGACAAUGACAGACCCAUGUACCAGCUGGCAAUUGACAAUGACAGACCCAUGUACCAGCUGGGUAUUGACAAUGACAGCCCCAUGUACCAGCUGGGUAUUGACAAUGACAGCCCCAUGUACCACCUGGCUAUUGACAAUGACAGACCCAUGUACAAGCAAGGUAUUGACAAUGACAGACCCAUGUACCAGCUGGGUAUGGACAAUGACAGCCCCAUGUACCACCUGGGUAUUGACAAUGACAGACCCAUGUACCAGCAGGGUAUUGAUAAUGACAGACCCAUGUACCAGCUGGGUAUGGACAAUGACAGCCCCAUGUACCACCUGGCUAUUGACAAUGACAGACCCAUGUACCAGCAGGGUAUUGACAAUGACAGACCCAUGUACCUGCUGGGUAUUGACAAUGACAGCCCCAUGUACCACCUGGCUAUUGACAAUGACAGACCCAUGUACCAGCAGGGUAUUGACAAUGACAGACCCAUGUACCAGCUGGGUAUUGACAAUGACAGCCCCAUGUACCACCUGGCUAUCGACAAUGGCAGACCCAUGUACCAGCAGGGUAUUGAUAAUGACAGACCCAUGUACCAGCUGGCUAUUGACAAUGACAGACCCAUGUACCAGCAGGGUCUUGACAAUGACAGCCCCAUGUACCACCUGGCUAUUGACAAUGACAGACCCAUGUACCAGCAAUGUAUUGACAAUGACAGACCCAUGUACCAGAUGGGUAUUGACAAUGACAGUCCCAUGUACCACCUGGCUAUUGACAAUGACAGACCCAUGUACCAGCAAGGUAUUGAUAAUGACAGACCCAUGUACCACCUGGAUAUUGACAAUGACAGACCCAUGUACCAGCAGGGUAUUGACAAUGACAGACCCAUGUACCAGCUGGCUAUUGACAAUGACAGUCCCCAUGUACCACCUGGCUAUUGA